AUUCAGUCUUUUAAUUUCUGUAAAAAAGAAGAAGACCAUUUCUUUACGUUAUAGGUUAUGAGUAUUUACAAAUACACCACGUUUUUAACUAUCCGACAAAGUUUAUAAUGCGAAACUAGUUAAAAUGAAAGUUAAAAUAUUAACAAGAAAUCCUGAUGAAUAUUUAAGAGAAACUAAACUCGAUAUACACAAAGUACAACGCAAUUACGAUCCCGAUUUACAUCCAUUCGAAGCCGCCAGAGAAUACACGAGAGCCUUAAACGCAGUUAAAUUAGAAAAAGUUUUCGCUAAACCGUUUGUAGGUAAUUUAGAUGGACAUCGUGAUGGCGUUUCAAUCCUCGCAAAACACCCUAAAAAACUCUCUACAUUGAUAAGCGGUGCAUAUGACGGCGAAGUAAGAGUAUGGGAUUUACCACGAAGAAUGUGUUUAAGAGAAUUCAUUGCACACGAUGGAAUUGUUAGAGGAAUCGUUUAUUCCCCCAAAGGGGAACGUUUCAUAACAGUAGGCGAUGAUAAGUGUAUUAAAACUUGGAAUUCGAUUGCGCCACAAUUUGGAGAAGACGAGGAACCGAUUAACACGAUUUUAAGCAAAACUGUCUUAACAGGAAUAUCUCAUCAUUUGAAAAAACCUAUUUACGCGACUUCCGGGGAAAUGUGUCAACUGUGGGAGGAGAGUAGAAACGAACCAAUACGUACGAUCGAAUGGGGUGCAGACAGUUUACAUGAUAUCAGUUUCAAUCCCGUGGAAACUAAUAUCUUGUCGUCAUGUGCUAGCGAUAGGAGCAUUAUUUUAUAUGAUAUGAGGGAGAAAUUACCCCUCAGGAAGGUUAUUAUGAAGUUAAGGACAAAUAAACUGUCAUGGAAUCCAAUGGAACCUUUUAUUUUCACUUGCGCAAAUGAAGAUUACAAUUUAUAUACAUUUGAUACUCGUUCUUUGAAACAUCCUACCAAUGUCCAUAUAGACCACGUCGGCGCCGUAACAUACGUCGAUUACGCCCCGACAGGCAAAGAAUUUGUAUCCUGCAGUUACGAUAAAUCGAUAAGGAUUUUCGAAUGUGCCAAAGGUCAUUCCAGAGAAAUAUACCACACGAAAAGAAUGCAAAGAUUAACUUGUGUUUCGUGGUCUUCGGAUAACAAAUACAUUUUGAGCGGUUCUGACGAAAUGAACAUACGAAUAUGGAAAGCGAGGGCGUCGGAAAAAUUGGGGCCGUUGAAACCUAGGGAACGAGCAGCUUUGAGAUACAGCGAAGCCCUAAAGGAAAAAUUCGCCAGUCAUCCGCAGAUUAAGCGAAUAGCCAGACACAGACAAGUCCCGAAGCAUAUCUAUAAUGCACAAGGGGAAUUACGAACCAUUAAGAUGAAAUUGAAGAGGAAGGAGGAUAAUAGAAGGGCCCAUUCGAAGCCGGGAGAAGUUCCCUUCGUUCCGGAAAGACAAAAACAUGUCGUCAAAGAACAACAGUGAUUUUUUUUUUAAUGUAAAAAUUCGAUUUUUGAUAAAAUUUUUUGAUUAUUCA